AUACGAAAGCCCUAAGGGAAUUUCUCCACCAGUUUUUAGAUUACAAUCGAGGCAAUAAGCGGCGCAUCUGAAAUUCCAAACGAGAAGAUGACGAUCGAUUCGCAGCAGAAAACGAGCAAGUUCCGAUGGGGGGAGAUGGACGAAGACGACGAUCUCGAUUUCCUUCUCCCUCCGAGGCAGGUGAUUGGCCCAGACGAGAAUGGUGUGAAGACGGUGAUCGAAUACAAGUUCAACGAUGAGGGCAACAAGGUCAAGACCACCACCAGGACACGUGUCCGGAAGCUAGCUUCCGCGCGGCUUAACAAACGGGCCAUGGAGCGGAGGAGCUGGCCCAAGUUCGGAGACGCGGCAAAUGAGGACACCGGUAGCCGUCUCACCAUGGUUUCAACCGAAGAGAUUCUUAUGGAACGACCCAGGGCUCCUGGUACCAAAGCAGAUGAAUCAAAGGCAGCAGGAGACAGCUUGUCUCAGCUGGGUAAAGGUGGUGCAGUCCUCAUGGUGUGCAGGACAUGCCACAAGAAAGGUGAUCACUGGACAUCAAAAUGCCCUUACAAGGAUCUAGCUGUACCAGCCGAUGUUUUCAUCGACAAGCCACCUACAGGGGAAGCAUCGACCACAUCCACUGCUCCUGGAACUGGCAAGGCCGCUUAUGUCCCGCCUAGCAUGAGAGCAGGUGCAGACAGAAACGCUACUGGUUCAGACAUGAGGAGGAGAAACGAUGAGAACUCUGUGCGUGUAACUAACUUGUCUGAAGAUACCCGUGAGGCAGACUUGAUGGAGCUGUUCCAUCCGUUUGGAGCGGUCACGCGUGUCUAUGUGGCGAUUGAUCAGAAAACUAGCAUGAGCAGAGGUUUUGGUUUCGUCAAUUUCGUGAGCAGAGAAGAUGCUCAACGGGCAAUCAACAAAUUGAAUGGCUAUGGUUAUGAUAACCUCAUCCUCAGGGUUGAGUGGGCCACUCCAAGACCCACCUAGAAAUGUCUGAGCAGAGCCGGGCUUCGGGCAGAAGCUCAGGAGUCGUUAAGUUCAAAAAGUGCUUAGGAGCCUAAGCUGUGUGUGUGUUUUUUUUUUUUUUGUUCCUUUACUUUAUCAUAUUGCUUUAAUUUAACGGACUGGCAACACUUCUUUUUCUCCUAAUUUUUCGGAAUCUUUGGUUAUAUUUUGUAUUUUUGACACUUUUAUCAACUUAAAAUAUUUUUCCCUAUAAAUGAUAAAAGGUCCAAAUAUCAAA